AACUGCAGGCACUGCACCUUCAACUACUAAAGAAAGAUGCUGGGUUGCAGAUGGGUCCUUGUGCACUGUCUGCUAGCAGCUACACUUCUUCACUGGAUCUCAGGCAGGUCACAGCUGGUGGAGGGGGCACCGGAGUUUCUGGAUUCCUCGAUGGUCCGGGACGUGAGCUCCAGCUCUGUGUCCGGCGAGGAGAAGGUGGCGCGCGACCUGACUGCCAAGCUGCUUCUGCUGGACAAGCUUGUGAGCCUGGAGAACGAUGUCAUGGAGACCAAGCAGAAGAGGAGCUUCCCUGGCUUCGGCACGCCUCUGGACAGGCUGUCCCUGAGCACCAUGGAACUGAAGGGCAAACAAAGGAAAGUAAGCGACCCUCCCAAAAGACGCUUUGGUGUGCCAAUAGACCGGCUUGGAACGAACCGCAUGGCCAACAGCAGGGGCUAACACUGAGAGGUGGGAUGUCCCUGAAACAAAGCUGCAUGGACGGACUGUCUCGUCUUUUUCUUCAAUUAUCUACUGACUUGUCUAUGUGUAUCACUCCUAACCCACUGCAGCUCCAGAAGUGAGGUAGCAUGCACCCUGGUCCUUACCGUGCUGCUCUGGUGGCUGUGGCUUAGACAGCAACCAGCUUAGCACUCGGAGGGCAACCACUGAUGCCUAUUACUGGAGCUGAAUCAGCAUGCUGUACAUAUGAUUAUCACACUGCACUGUGUUAUCCAGUCUAUCACCACACUCGCAUGAACACGUACCAAACCCCCCCUUUGAUAUUUUUGAAUUCUGGCUUGGUAUCGGCUAAAAUAAAGAAUUAUACCAACGUCAUCAUAUGGAACAUGACACAGACAGCUGGAAACCACAGUAAGCUGCAGGAUCCGAGGAAGGGCUCUCUAGGGAAAGGUAAUGUCAUGGCUUUGCAAGUGUAGUAAUGCACACUGACGGGACUGACCCCUGUUCUGCGGGCUCUUCCUGCACAGCUUGCUUGAGCACUGCACUCUUACAGAACCAGAGCAAGCCUUAAUGGGUUAUUGUUUUAUUUUAUUUUAAUUUUUUUAUUUAAAAACUUAAAGCAAGCUUAACUGUUCCAAACGAACAGACUAAAGUUCACCCUCAUAUUACGCAAAAAAUCCAAUCUGAUUGAAAUAAUGCUUCCAUUGGCAAACAAGCAAGAUGUAAUAAUGAUGAUUGCCGGGGCUUUUAGAUAAAGGGCUUCACAAUGUCUUGAAUAGCGGCAUGGAAAGACAUUUUUUCUUUAUUGAAUUCAAUGAGUACCAUUAACCCUUUCCUCGACUUUGCAGUGCAGUGCCCAGCAUGCGACUGUAAAACACAGUUAAACUAUAACUAGUGAGCCCAGCACCUUUUUCCAGCUCUUUUAUAAACCAGGUGUUGAAAAACAAUACCAUACCGAUGGUGGCUUUUGUACCAAAUGAAGGCAUGUGUUUUCUUUAAUAACUGUAUUAAAUGUACAGAGGAUCAUUUCAUUGGGGGGAUGGAAAGCACCAUGAAAUACAGAAUUAUCCAUCAACAUAAAUAAAGUGCGCAAUUGUUGGCAAGUUUUGUGUUUUCUUUUAAUAUCAAAAUUCCCAUUUUUCAGCUGUGCUCUGGACAGUAAUAGCGCUGCGCAGAACUGCCAAGCACACGUCACUGUCUUUCUGUAAAAUGAGAUGCAGGACACCACCUCUGAAGUGGCAUGUGUUUCUAAUGUACUUCCAGACUAGCGUCAAGCAGAGACGUCUUCAGGGGACAAUCCCAUAAGCAGUCCCCGAAGGGUUAAGGCAUCGUGCUGUAAUGAGGCAUCCAGGACUGCUUGCAUACCUUCAUUUUAUUCAUUAUGAUGCUGUCAGGAAAGUGGAUUGGGAGGUGUGAUGGUGAGCCAUCACGAUCAUUAGAGAUCAUUUUCUUAUCCUUUGGAAUUGGACAAUAGUAUACACAAAGCUGAAUUGAGACUAUAACAAUAACUUACCUCUAACCACUAAGUAACCUGUUCAAAAGAAAAAUAUGCAACAGCAAAUUUGAAAAAGGUUCGCUUUAGCCUAGUUACUAACAUCACACCCACCUCCUU